CAAGCGAUCGGAUGGACUGAAAACUCUCAAGGAGCUUCUCACGUCAUGUCGGACCUGGAGCCCAACUCCUUCGCCGUCUCGGCCAUCGGGCGCCAGUCGUGCUCAAAGAAGGAGACAUGUCCAGCCUUCUCCUUUGGCACGCAGUCCAGAGAGGCAGCAGCAAUGAAGGUCUUCGUUUCGCCCAAGCUGACGAAACGCCAGCUCAAGGGCCUCACAGCGCCUGGUCCCAUUUACGACAUUCCCAAGAUGGUGGGCAGUGGACCUGCCUAUGCCUUCCCGCAGGAGAGCCGGCCGCACGGGGGCGCCCGAUACCCCGACUCCUCGGUGGACUUGACCUGCGCCACGGUGGAUAGCCAGAAGGUGAAGUUCGACACUUCGGCGUAUGCCACCUUCGGGACGGAGAUGCGAAUGGACAUCAAGAACGCCGAGAUCCUGGUGACGAACCCCAACCUAAUGCUGGGGAUGGAGUCCCCAGGAGCUGCGGAGUACCGGGUGCAGGAGCACUCUGUACGGCUGCAACAUCCCAAGUACAGCUUUGGACCUAUGGAGGAGCAUGCCGCCUUCUGCAAGCCCAGCCCCCGCCUUUCGAUGCACAACACCAGCACACCCCCGUCCGUGGGUCCGGCGUCGCAUCGGCUGCCCGGCAGCGUGGGGCAGCAGCCCUUGUCCGCUCGGCGCAGCUCCCCAGCGUGGUCCCUGAGCGGCCCACGCUCGAAGCCCGACCCCGACGGGGGCCCUUUGCUGGACACGGCCCCCGCGUUCAGCUCGCUGGGCAAGCAGGUGGUUUCCACCUCGAAGACCUCCGCCAAGUGUUCCUUCGGCAAGUCCACCCGAGACAACACCUCCAGAAUGGCCAUGUGCAUGACCCACCCAGAUCGGGGCCCUGCGGGUCAAAUGCCGAAGCUCAAUUUCCACAUGGACUUGCCAAAGACUGCGCCGGAAUCCGUCAAGAGAUAUGGGCUCUAAAGGCGCGCGAGGUAGUGGUUUUAGGAUUUUUUUGCGAGAUCGCGCGAUCCGCGAAUUGGCUUCUGCGCGCUUUUGCCGCGCCGAAUUUGCCUGGCGGCCCGUUGUCAGAGUCGCGCAAGCCAGAUUUGCUUCGAAAAGAGAAGCCCCGUUUGGCUGUGAUUGAUUGCAUGCCCUCUAGGGGCCCAAAUUGGCAGCAUACCGAGCUGGUAUGACUGGCCGAAACGUCUCACAAGCUUGUGAAUACCACAAGGUCAGCCAUCAUUUUUAGCGCAAAAUGUAGUGCUCUGAGAAAGCUUGCUGCUGUGCCAAGUCUGUUGAUGCUUUGGUAAGCAGCCUUGCUGAUCAUACUUCCGG